CGUGGGCGGAGCUUCGUGAGGGCAAAGGUUUGCCGCGUCCAAUAUGGCGCCCGCCAUGGAGCUGAGCUGCUGGGGCGGUGAUUGGGGGUUGCCGUCCGUGCACGCGGAGUGCCUCGUUGUCAUGGCUUAUGCCAGGUUUUGUGGUGCACCAUUGAAAGUGAAUGUUAUAGAUCAUUUGUGGAGAGCACCAAGAGGGAGUGUACCAGUACUGAUAUUGAAUGACACCGUUAUUUCUCAGCCAGCAAAAAUACUAAACUUCUUAAGAAAGCAGAAAUAUAAUGCUGAUUAUGAGUUGUCUACAAAAGAAGGAGCAGACACACUGGCGUACAUUGCACUACUCGAAGAAAAAUUACUUCCUGCUGUGCUGCACACUUUCUGGGUUGAAGCUGAUAAUUACUACAAUGUGACAAAACCAUGGUUUGCUUCAAGGAUCCCAUUUCCAUUGAGUUGGUAUCUGCCUAGAAAGAUGUCUGGGGAAGCCCUUAAUAGGAUCUUGCUGACAAAGGGAGGGCCUCCGCUCUACAGUCUCACUGAAGUGGAAGCACAGAUCUACAGAGAUGCCAAGGAAUGCCUGAAUCUUCUAUCAAACAGACUGGGGACGUCUCCAUUUUUCUUUGGAAACAUGCCUACAACUCUUGAUGCCUUUGUGUUUGGUUUUCUUGCUCCUCUUUAUAAAGUACCAUUCCCCAAAACCCAGCUACAAGAUCAUUUGAAGCAGCUUCCCAAUUUAUGUCACUUCUGUGAUGACAUUCUGAUUUGCUACUUCAGAUCAAACUUAUCAGGUGCCACUCCAGCAGGUCAAGACACAGUUGAUGCAAAUCUACAGAAACUCACACAGCUUGUAAACAAAGAAUCCAACUUAAUUGAAAAGAUGGAUGAUAACCUUCGUAAGAGUCCUCAGCACCCUCCGCGUAAGCUGACAACUCUCAAACUUUCUACAGGUGGGGAAGCAAAUAGCUCACCAAACCGCUUAUCACCCUGAGAGUUUUAGUUGUCAUAUUUAUGUGUGUGAUUAGAAGCUGACAUCAAAUCUGAACAAUCUUUGCACUAAUUCUGUAGGUACAUGAAGCGAGGUAAAAAUGUGAAUUGGCAAAUAGGCACAAGCACAUUAAAUUAACCAAUGCUAUCUAUAGUCACAUAAGGAACCAGUAAAAGUCUAAGUUAAGCACAUACAGAAUUGUUGAGUAAUUGUACAAUGCCGUAUGAGGUCACCAUAAGUGCUGCAUAAUGCUUGUCUUUUAGGGUUAGUUGACCAAAAGCUAAGAUUCCACUUUGGAAUAUGCAAAUGCAUCACCAUUUUCUGCUAGAUGCUUUUGAUUUUGGCUGCAAUCAUGUUAUAACUCAACUUGGUUGUUGCAUGUGGAGUAGCUACUUAAGCAUUUGUAUAGAUUUCCAAUGUGGUUCAAAUACAGAGAGAAAAUUAAAAUGUCGGUCUUUUGUGACAGGUAAGCUGACAAGCAGUUAGAACGUAUUUGCCAUUUUGUUUUGUUUUUUCAGUAAUGAUCAGUGUAUGUUGGCCAUUUUUAAAUGACUAUAGAGUUUAAAAACUAAACAGAUCACUUGGGAACAUUAAUUAGAAUUUUUUUCAGAUUUGGUCUUAAUCAGGAAAAGGAUAAGCUUGACCAACUUCUGUGAUAGUAUGCCUACGUUCAAAAUGUCAGUACACGGAUUGACAGUAUCAAUCAAUGCAUGUAAGAGGUCAAGUUAGAAACCCUGUUGCAGGCCAAGACUGAAUAUGUAGUAUGAACAUUGUCUCACUUUACUUUGUCUGCCCCUGCAGAUUCAUUAGCUUCUUGUUUUUAUAUAUUUAUCCAAUAUCAAACCCCCAAAUAAUCUAGAUUUUCCCCUAGAUUAGUAACUUUCAUUGUUGGGUAUAAAGAGAUAUUGCCCUGGCAUAAAGCUCAAACUAAACUGCCCAGUGCACUGAAACAACAGGGACACCCCACCAUUUCUUACUGAUGCAUACUGACACUGUAGUAAGUAAGCAAGCAAGCAAGCAAGCAAGCAAGCAAGCACAUACACUGUACAUACACUGGAAUUUCUACAUGCGUGGGGAAGCCCUAGAUCAGGCCAGUAGCAGCAGAGGUGGCACUUGUGGGGCAAUGUUGCUUUUCUAGCUACCCAACACAGCAGGCCACUGGCUUGCUGAGAAGAGAGGGGGAGGCACAGGGAGCCUGGCCCAGUACGUGGGAGGGGGAAUGUCAUAUUGAUUCCACUAUCACAUGCUGCACUGGACCAAGCUACCUGCAACUCUCCCCUCCCCUCUUCCUCUUGGAAAGCACCAGAGACCUGCUAUGCUGGGAAGCCAGGUGAGCAAUGGUGCCCCACUACACCAAUUGUUACUAGAUCAGGCUGGCAAUUUUUUAUGGUGAUGGUAAUUGUAAUUUCAAAUUAUUAGCUGCUAUCAACUGGUCCAAAAGUUCCAUUAAUAAAUCAAGGUUUGCAACUAUUGGACUGGGGGUGAGUGCCUAAAAAAACAGGUGCUUUGGGAGUAUUUUACAGCAAGGUGUGCAUUCUGAAAACAGCGUUGACCUCUGUGCUGUUGCAGAGGCCUCCAUGGUGUGGGGUACCUGCCAGGUUUUGAAGCAGCUCUUUAUGCACUGCUUCCAGGUGCCACAAAGUGGCAACACACCAAGGAGCCUGUUUGAGGUCUCAGCACGCUAGAUGAAAUAUACGCUGUGCAAAACUGGGUUAAGGAUGAUGGGCCAUCAGUUGCCAUCCCCUAUUCUAAGGACUGACUCGAAAUUUCCAAUAUAUCAACAAUAUUUUUGAAAAGCUACUUGGCCAAAAUGGCAACUGCCAUUAACCAAUGUAUCUUAUGGUAUCUGAUUCCCAAGAAACAGUUUUCAUAUGUAUGUAAGAUCGUUUUCUUUUCAUCUGACUUCAUUUUACCAAGUCAAACAAAUCUGAUAUUUUUCUCUAAAUUACCUCCAGUAUUCUGUAUAUGUAGACAAAUAGCUGUACAAACAAACCUGUAAAUAAUGUAUAUACAUGUAUUUGCAGAGUAUUUAUAAACCUAAGGAAUGUAAAGAUCCUUAAUGUAUCUUGUUGUUUAUAACAAUAAUUUUGGAUGUCUAACAAGAAUAAAUUUAAGUUUCAUGUUA